CGGGGCUCUGGGAAGCCGCCAGCAGUGCGGAGCCGGCGUCUCUAGCGGCGCGGGUCGCCGCCGCCUUUCAGCCGUGACACUUGCUCACUAAGGUCCCGGCACGGACUUGCUCCUUGGCUUUCCCUUGGCCCUGUUCAUACUGCCCCGUCCCAUCUGCUCGCUGCCCCGCGCUCCCGCUGCCCGCCAGGAGAGUCCCUCUGUCCCUCCGUGAGAGGGGCCGUCCCAGGCUCGUGCUGCGGUAGGUGGAGGGCCGUCUCACGAAGCCCCACAAGUGACAGCUCCCAGAUGCUCUGCUGAGGGACUCGCAGGGAUAUGGUGGUUGCUUUUCCCCUGUACAGUCAGAGCAGGGCAGCAAAUGUGCUCCACGGGACAUUGUCCACAGGACGAUGCCAAGGUGGUAGUGAGGAUCUGAUUAACAGGCAAGAGCUGAUUUGCACUGUGGAGCGGUGUACAAAAGGAGCCUAGGCUGUUUGUUCUGCUAGUCCGACUUUCUUCCCUUGUGUUAUAAUGACUCCUAAUUUUUACUACAUCACUUUAUCAAUGCGCUUUACAAACAAGGAACCAGGCAGCCAGCAUACAGGUGUAGAAACAGAGAGAUGUUCUGCCUAUGUGCCUGCACUGAAGCGUUCAGACUCCAGUCCCCCUGCCUCCCAGGACUCAGUGCAUCAGUUUGACCACAGUACUGUGCCAGGCACUGCCCAAGCACUCUAGUGAUUUGACUUCCACCAGGCUGAUCCAUGAAGUAAUCCUCUCUCGGGUGCCCCCUUCAGUGCUGUCUAUGUUUCUGCAGAGUUGACACUUUGAGCAGCCACGACCACCAACUUUUCCAAACCAUGCGAUUCACCAUUGAAGAAAUAAACAAUUCCAGCAGCCUCCUCCCCAACAUCACUUUGGGCUAUGAGAUCUAUGACGUAUGCUCAGAGUCUGCCAACAUGUAUGCAACACUGGGUGUCCUCGCACCGAGCAUGCGGCGCCGUGUGGAGAUGAUCAGCAACUUUUCACACUACCAGCCCAGGGCUCUGGCUGUGAUUGGGCCACACAGCAGCGGUUUUGCCCUCACAUCUGCAACUAUACUGAGCAUUUUCCUCAUGCCACAGAUUAGUUAUGAAGCCUCCACGGAGAUGCUGAGCUUGAAGCAUAUCUACCCCUCAUUCCUGCGUACCAUCCCCAGCGACAGGGUCCAGGUGGAGGCCAUGGUGCUUCUAAUGCAGGAUUUCAGGUGGAACUGGGUUGCCAUGGUUGGCAGUGACACUGACUAUGGUAGGAAGGGGAUACAGACCUUGUACAAGGCAAUGACUAAGCGUGACAUCUGUGUUGCCUACCGAGGACUCAUCCCUGCAAACAAGAAUGCCAGCAGCACAGAGCUGAAGAAUAUGGUUAGAGAUAUUGUAGGCACCAAAGUCAACGUCACAAUCGUCUUCUCUGACAGACGCAGCGCCAGGGUCUUCUUUGAAGUAGUAGUUCAGGAGAAUGUGACAGGAAAAGUCUGGGUGGGUACUGAGAACUGGUUGCUAGCCCCACUGGUCUCGGAUGUCCCUGGCAUCUACCAGGUUGGUACAGUGAUUGGAAUGUCAGUCAAGGCCUCUGAUUUGGAGGCGAAGUGGUGGGAUACUGGGAGCAAUAAUCACCUUAACAUCAGUGAUACUAGCUCAAGCUGCAAUCAGCUAUGCACACAGUGCCACUUGCUCCCUCCUACGCCUGAUGCUCGGGCGAUGAAGUCCUCCUAUAAUGUGUACUCAGCAGUGUAUGCUGUGGCUCAUGGCCUGCACAGCCUACUGGGCUGCAACUCAGGAGCAUGCCGCAAGGACGAAGUCUACCCCUGGCAGCUCCUGCAAAAAAUCAAGCAGGUGAAUUUCAGCCUGCAUAAGAACUGGAUAUACUUUGAUGUCAACGGGGAUCCCAUGACUGGCUAUGACCUUAUCAUGUGGAAGUGGACUGGCCCAGCCUGGUCUUUUGAUACCAUUGGAUCUUUCAGUCGCAACCCCGACAGGCUGAGCAUCGAUUGGGACAGAAUUGUAUGGCACACUGAAGAUAAUCAGGUUCCUGCCUCCAUAUGUUCCAAGUCUUGUGAAAGAGGAGAGAAGAGGACACAAGUGGGGCUUCACCGCUGCUGCUUCGACUGUGACGCCUGCCCAGCAGGAACUUUCCUCAACAGUAGUGACCUCUACACAUGCCAGUCCUGUAAGAAAAGUCAGUGGGCCCCAGUGCACAGUGAAACCUGCUUUGAACGGUAUAUCGAGUUCCUGUCCUGGGCUGAGCCUGUUUCCUGGGCACUGCUGACUGCCAUCACCCUCUUGAUGCUGCUUCUGAUGAGCACAGCCAUCAUCUUUGCACUGAACAUUACCACGCCUGUGGUCAAAUCUGCUGGUGGCAAGAUGUGCUUCCUCAUGCUUGGUGCUCUGGCCUGUGCCAGCAGCAGCCUCUACUGCCACUUUGGCAAACCCACCUGGCUAAUGUGCCAGCUGCGCCUGCCAGUCUUCUCCAUCAGCUUCUCCAUUUGCCUUUCUUGCAUGGCUGUCCGUUCUUUCCAGAUAGUCUGCAUCUUCAAGCUGGCUGCCAAGUGGCCUGCCCUCUAUGAGACUUGGGUGAAACACCAUGGGCCCAACCUGUUCAUUGGAGCCAGCACAGCUGUCCAAGCAAUGUUGAGCCUGACUUUGCUCGUGAUCAACCCCUCAGUACCUCACAAGGACUAUGAGAGGGUUGCAGAACUCAUCCUUUUUGAGUGCUCCCAAGAGAACUCUGUGCUUCUCAUGUUGGCAAUGUUCUACAAUGUGCUGCUCAGCCUCUUUUGCUUUGUCUUCAGCUACAUGGGGACAGACCUGCCUAAGAACUAUAGUGAAGCCAAGUGCAUCACCUUCAGCCUGCUCAUCUAUUUCACCUGCUCCAUUUCCUACUUCACCACCUACAGCAUCUACCAGGGCAAGUACCUGGUGGCCAUAAACUUGCUCUCCCUGCUGUGCACCCUUGCUGGGGUCUUUGGAGGCUACUUCCUCCCCAAAGGCUACAUCAUCCUCUUCCGAGCUGAUCUCAACACCACUGAGUACUUCCAGAUGUCUAUCCAGAGCUACACCACCAGGAGGCGCUCAGCCUGAGCUGGAGAAGAGGGGAUGGAGAUGCUGGGGUUGUACCUCCCACAGCAGCCCUGCUUUUGGCCUCUGAGGCCUCCAGAUCUCUCACCUUCUUGGUGUGAUGGGGAGGGCAUGACUCAGAAGCUAGUACAGCAAGCUGGACUCAGCUCUGCAACUGCUUUCUACCCUGACCACAGUAACUGACCUGCCAGCCUGGGAGGUGAGAGGGGCUGGAGGAAGGCAGGUGAUGGUCACUGCAGGGAAUGCUCUGUGUUCCAAGAAGUAGCUACUCUGAGAACAGCAAGGCCAGGGCUGAUCAAGGUACUCCCAGCUUUGUUACUCAUGCUGGCAAAGCCCCAUGGCACCUUCUUGGGUAGGGCACAUGUUGCCUAUCAUAGUCCUUCACCUGUCCAUCAGGCUCAGUCCCUGCAAAUCAGAAGGCUGGACCCUUCCUAAAGCCAUGUACAGGACCUUGGCAAGGCUCCAAGGUACAAGUAUCUGCAGUCUGGUGGGAAGGAGCAUGGGUGCAGAGCACCUGGGCUAGCCCAGCCGAGGGAAAAUGCUCUUCCCCAUGUUGGUCUUUGCUUCUCCCCAACAUACAAGAUGCUCCCAAGCCUGCCCUCAGAUUCUUGUACCAGCUUCAUGACUGCAUCAUCUCUCACCCUGUGCUUGCUGGGCCACAAGGUCACAUAUCAACCAGUGCUGUUUGCAGUUUAGCUCUUAUCAGGCCUGUCCUUUCCAGCAUUUCAUGGAGUACCCUUCUCCCUUGCAUAGGUUUCUCACGGCCACAGGGUGGCACCACUACCCACAAGUUGCCUGGCUCUGGUCUUGCAGGCCACAAGCAGUGGAGACAACAGCAGGUACAGUGGAGUCGCAUUUUACACGGGGGUUAGGGUCUAGAGUCAGCA